AUGAUGAUGGGGUUGGAGAAGCUGGUGGUGAGGCUGAAGUCGAGGCUGAUGAAGGCGACGCACAGCUACAGGAAGAAGGCUUCUUCUUCUUCUUCUUUUUCUUCCGCCGGCGGCGCCGGCGGCGAGGAGCAGUAUUACUACGACAAGAUGGAGAAGAGCGAGAGCAUGAGGGUGGAGAUCCGGAGCCGGAAGGCGCAGAAGCUCAUCCAAGACACCCUCAAGAUCGCCGAUUCUCCCACCACCAGAACUUACGCCAUCUAG